AUGUCGAGACAACAGCCACAUGCGGUUCCAGCAGCGACACCUAAUACCCAGGCGUUGAAGUUACAAAAGCUCAAACACAAUGAAGCAUACCAUUAUAUCAACUCCGCACUCGACGAUGACAGCAAAGGCGAAUAUAAUAAGGCGCUCGACAAGUACCGAUUAGGGAUCCAGGCCCUCAAGGAUGCGCUGAAAAUCCGAUAUGUUACCGACGCAGAGUUUCGGGAAUCUGAGAUAUUAGGGCCUAAGAUGAGGCAGAAUUUGCAGGCGGUCGAGAGCAGAGUGGAGGAGUUGUCGCAGAGGAUAAACCAGUCAGGCACAACUACAGGACUAAACACCUCAGGACAGUCAUUUUUCUCAGCGGCGGUGUCCAGUGCUAUCCAGGCAGUUGGGUCGGCCAUCUCGGGUGGCGGUAGCUCGCCUUCUAUGGAGCGACAGCCUACUGCUCUAACAUCGACACCUAUUUUCGGAUCUUCGCCAACACCCGUACGUAGCAGGCCCGCAAACCAUUUAUCCGAUGAACCCGUCUUCAAUGUUGUGUCCGCAACAAAACCAUAUGCGCCAACACCACACAAACGAUCUCACCUAACCAAUGGCUCUACCGGGCAUGCAACAUCACCAGGAGGGGGAGCAACGGGUGUCGGAAACCGAACAGUGACCGGCGUUACUCAACCCAGGACAACAACUACUCGGCCAGGAAUGAUCACGGGGGGACGAAGGCGACCAGCAGGAACCACAGCUGGGGUAGGGGCAGCAGGAGGAGCAACGGCAUCAAGCGGACAGAACUCGGUGCUAACAGAGACCAAGAACAAGAUCUCGCGUCUCAAGAACAUCGACUCCAAGCUCGCCAACAUGAUCCUGAAUGAAGUGAUGAUUGACGGGGCCGCAGUGACCUGGGACGACAUCGCUGGUUUGACGUUCGCCAAACAAGCGCUCAAGGAGAUUGUGAUUUUGCCAGCACUUCGACCAGAAUUGUUCACUGGACUGAGGGCACCCGCCAAGGGUGUUCUGCUCUUCGGUCCUCCAGGAACUGGUAAAACUAUGCUGGCAAAGGCCGUGGCGCAAGAAUCCAAGGCGACGUUCUUUUCCAUCAGUGCCAGUUCUCUCACUUCCAAGUUUGUUGGCGAGUCUGAGAAGCUGGUCAGGACUCUCUUUGCUAUCGCUAUUGAGCUGCAGCCAUCCGUCAUCUUCAUUGAUGAGGUCGAUUCGAUAUUGACGGAACGAUCAGAAAGCGAGCACGAGGCGAGCAGACGGUUAAAGACCGAGUUUCUGCUGCAGUUUGACGGUGCAGGAUCCAACCCAACAGACAGGGUCCUGGUUAUGGGCGCCACUAAUCGGCCUCAAGAACUGGACGAGGCCGCCAGACGUCGGUUUGUCAAGAGAAUCUAUAUCCCCUUACCGGAAGCAGAGACUCGCCGCAACCUGUUGACAAAACUGUUGAGUGGCCAGGACUACCAGUUCUCUUCAAGCGAGAUGCAGUCGCUGGUCCGACAGACAGAGGGCUACUCGGGUUCGGAUCUGACGGCGCUAGCUCAGGAUGCUGCUUUGGGGCCUCUUCGGUCGUUGGGUGAGACACUUCUGGACACACCUGCAGAUCAGGUCCGGCCGAUUCAAUACCAAGACUUUGUACAAGCCCUCCAAACCAUUCGGCCGUCUGUCAGUCCGCAGAGCUUGAUGGCGUUUGAGGAGUGGAACCGAGAAUACGGAGCGGGGAUUCGAGGAUAA